CGGGCAGGGGAGCGGCGGCGGCAGAGCAGAGCAGCCCCCGCCUCCCGCCCGCUCUCCUCCCCCUUCCCCCGCUCCCGCCUUUUGUGCGCCGAGCCCGGGCGUCAACGGGCGCCGGCGGCCGCGGAGCUGACAGGAGCCCGCGGCUAUCGGCCUCGGCAGCGGCGCUGUGGCGAGGGCGGCAGCGCUGAGCCGCGGCCGCUCCCGUCACCAAGGCGCUGCCUGGCACAGAAACACAGACAGAGACGGACUGACAGACACACGCAGCGCGGAGCGGCGCGGGCUCGGGGGCCGCCUUCGUAGCUCCUCUCCUCCCUGCACCAUGCUCCGCUCCAGGCAGCACCCGCCCGCUGCUCCCUGAGGGCUGCCAGCCCCGCGCCCGGCUAAGCGGGCGACUGGCACCCGGUUCCUUCCCCGCCCCCAGUUACCUGAGUUAGCUCCGUCCCGGGCACUUCGGCGGCGCCUCCGCCCUCUCCCGCUGUGGCAGCCCUUGUGCGGCGGAGGAGUGAGCCGCCAGCAGCCGGAGGGACUGCAGCCGCCGCCGGGGGAGACGAGCUCAAGCCCCCGCCCCCGGAGCUCUUCAUGGCGUCUCACCAGCAGACGAGGAUCCAAGCCUACCUGGAGAAGAAUAAGAUCGGUCCCCUCUUCGAGGAGUUGAUGACCAAGCUGAUAACGGAGACACCUGACCAGCCAAUCCCAUUUCUAAUUGAUCAUCUUCAGUCCAAGCAGGGAAACCGUGGUCAGCUUCAGAGAACAUUGUCUGGCUCUGCUGCCCUCUGGGCAGAGAGUGAAACCUCAGAAAAUAAAGGAACAAGAAGAGAUUUUAGAAAUUAUGAUAAGCCUUGGCAGGUAAAUGCAAAAAAGCCUAAAAAGUCAAAGAGCGACCUUGCUGUGUCCAACAUUUCUCCACCAUCACCGGAGUCCAAGUCAUUGCCAAGGUCAAUAGAGCAUCCUAAAUGGGAUUGGAAGACAAAACCGGAGAACCAUGAUUUUGAUGAACUAAAUCAUAUUCUUCAAGAGAGCAAAAAGCUUGGAAAAGCCCUUGAGAAUCUGUCUCGCAGCAUUGCUAUUUCUGAUGAACUUGAUAAGGACACAGCAGGUUUUAAUACCCCCCUUCUCAGACCUCGUGUUAUUGGAGAAUGGAUUGGCCGUGAAGAGAAUGAUGCAGACCCUCUGGCUGCUGAGAUGCUGCAGCCACCAAUACCAAGGAAUAAAAAUGAGCAGUGGGACAGCGAGGAUAGCAGCAGUCCUGGAGGAAGCUUAAAAAUGGAGCCAAAGACCAAAGGAUUAAAACAUCAACAGCAGCAACAUAAGAAGCUGCUGGCUGCCAUGCUUUCUCAGGACUCCUUUGAUUCUGCUCAAAGCACAGCUCCAUCUGUAACUGAAGAAGACAUUGACAAUGAAGAUGAUGCAAUGGAACUACUGGAGGAUCUAGAUGAUCUCAGAAUGGAAGGAGUAACAAGUGUGGUGUCUUCUGGGAGCAAAUUCAAUCAAACUCGAAGUGCUCAUACGGCUGAGCCUCAAGCAAAAGUCACAUUGAAUAUAUGUGCAAGAUGUGCCAGAUUGCAAGGGGAUAAUUUGGCAGAAAGGCCAGAAGAUGUCUCCAUGGUAUCUCAGACAUCUGAGCCAGCAGUGUCAGACUCUGAUGCUCAAAUACCUGGGGUUGAAACGCUCACAGAAGAUGUUAAUGAGUUUCAGAGUGCAUCUCAAGUGACAGCAUCUUCUCAGACAGUUUGGACCUUGGAUGCUGUGAGUGUUAGACCUGGAGGUUCCCCAAGGCAGAAACUCCUAAAGGACUCCUUAGCAGCAAAAGAACUUCAGACCAUGGAAAAACACCUAGCUGACAUUGAGAAGGACCUCGCACUGUGGGAAGAGGCAAGGCUCUCAAGAAGCCCUGGUGUCCAGCAUCCCAGUGUAGUUACCUCUGACCACCAAGGCGCUCUUCAAGCUGCACAGGGCCCAGCCCCAAGGCCUCAGGUGCCAGCUCCAACAGGGAAGAAUGUUCAGCUCCAAGGAAGCAAAUCGCCGCCGCUGCCCACCAACAGCAGAACACAGGUCUCCAGUGCCACAGGCAGCAGUGCACAAAUCAAGAGACCAGCAGCUCCAGGGAGCAGACCUAUGACCCCAAAUAGCUUGUUGUCACGGCCUCUUACCCCUAGCAACCAAGGAAAUAGGGAAGGCAUUAUUAGCAUUCAAAGAAGCAGAUCUUUGUCAUCCAAGAGCCAAAUGGGGAGGACCCUCAGUGCUGCUUCAGGGCUUUCUGUGCAAGUGAGUGGAGAUGUUGUUGGAACUGUCACUACUCAGAGAAACAGUUUAUCAGAAGCAGUCUUGUUGUUAAGUGAUACACAGUCAUGUGAUGCCAAGUAAAAUGAUUGUAUAUGCUCCUGAAACUAUGUGUAUGUAAUGUGUGAAAGAUAUCCAGUCUGCCCACCACUUUUGAUCUUUCCUGUAAAAAGGCAGACAAUUAAAAAUGCUUUCUUCCAGAGCCUUUCUGUAGUUAUGGUAAUAAUAAGCAAGAGUCCCAUUUAAUUUGCUGUGUCUUGUUACUUCUGUUUGCUGAUAGCUCUCACAGUAAGCGUCCUGUUCUGCCUUUAAUAUAUGUAUAUAUUUGUCUCGAGAAUUUUAGGAAGUGAGCAAUAUUAUUAUGCUAUUUUCCAGUUAGAAUAGCAUGUCCAGAUUCAGCCAGCAAUCCACUGUAAAGCUGAUGUUAAACCUCAGCAUUUCUAUGCAGGAUCUUAUCCUCUGUUAAAAUCCCUUCUAGAAGUGACAAAUUCUUUUCUUUCUCUUUGCUCACUGGGUACAAUAGUACCUUGGCUGCUAGUGACCCAGCUCAGACCCUAUUUAUCCUUUUUGACAUGCACAAGUGACCUUUGACAUAAUGGAAACUCAGCUUGGGACUAGCUCUGCUUCCAAAGGGAAAGCUGCUGGUACGACGCGUUCACACUGAAGACCAGGUUGGGAAGGCCCAUGGAUGUCAGAAAGAAGCUGAUGGAGAUGUGGCCAAUCGGCCACUCCCAGCCUCAUUUUUGAAGUGUUAUACUAAAAGCUUUCAAGUUGUCUUUUGCCCACUUAAGUUCCUGGUCACUUAGAGAAGUGGAUUUAGACAGAACAUACCCAGGAAAUACGUCUGCUCUGUGACAUUUUUUGCCAUGUUAGACAUUUCCUUCCAUUUGUGGUCAUAUGAUUUCACUUUCUUGUGUCACAGCUUGUCUCUGACCAUGGAGAUAUAUUUUAAAAAGGCAGAGAUGGUUUGGGGUAGGAGAACAAGAGUCCUGCCUGUCUUUGUACUAUUGCAGAUCACAAACAUAUAAAACUCAAGGCUGAUACUGUAAUUUAUUUUGCAACUUUCAUUGUAGGUUUUGUAUCCUCUUCCUGUAUAAAACCAGUAAAAUAAAAGAGGGAACAUUAUCUUUAUUCUUAUUAGCCCUAUGGUCUCAACUGGGAAUUUCUACUGGAUGUAAAUACACUGUGGUUAUAUUGGCAAUCCUAUGGAAGAAACUAUGAUAAAAUUUUUUGCAAAUAACUCUGCUUCCUUACUUUUAGGUGAUGUUAAUGGAAUUAAUCAGUAGAAUGUUGAUAUAUAUUUGAUGAGAAAAAGUCCGUUGAAAAGAAUGUGACUACUGGGUGCCAGGAGCAUGUUUUACCCUAAGGAGCUUGAUACACUUAUUUAUUUACUUGCUUAUUUGUUGGGAAUUUUAACAUAUCUCUCAAUGCCUUAUGUAUGCUUCCUAGAUUGUAAUGUGUUUCAAAGUAACAUAACAAGUCUAAAUAGAAAAAUAUUACUAAUAAAUACAAUUCAAAGUUCUUAAGCUUUAGUAAAGUUCAUGCUGCAGCAUGGGUGGUUCAGUCUUGUUACAGCACAAAUCUUAAAUAAUUUGGCAAGUACUUAACAUAUCAGCUGUUAAGAAUGUUUUGGGGUUUUUUAAUGCUCAAGACUUAUAAUGAUCUGAGAUUUUGUGGACAAGUUUCUGCCUCCUGGCACACAUAAUAUUACUAAGUUCUAACAGGUGUGUUUUAUUAUCAGCUCUGUUCAAGGCUGAAUUGAAUUAUAGCAAAGAAAUGCUACCUAGAGAAAUAGUUUUAUUAUCUCUAUAAAGGUAAUAAAUCAGGGUUCCAAAUCCUUUGGCAGAAAUACUUUUAUGCAUGGUCCUAAUCCUUUGGUGUUUUGUAUAAAUUGGCAAAGGAAUGUUGAACCCUGCUUAUCUCUUUAGGAUGGAUUCCAUUAAAGUGACACAAUUCUGUGAUACUUGUCAAUAGCUGUCGAGAUGAAAAUACCACUGACUCUCUUGUUUGCCAUAUCAUUUUCUGAACAGAAGAAAUUUUGCAAUAAUUUCAUUUAUUCAGAUAAUUCAAAGUGGUAUUCAGCAAUCCUUAUUAGUCUGUCAUUGUUGAGAGCAAGAAACUUUGUCUUAUUUGAAUAUAGCCUUGAUUAACAAAAUUUUUACUUCAAUUUACUGGAGUAUAGAGCAUAACUUGUGAUGAGGACUCUCUUUUUGGUCAGAUACUCUCAUUCUGUUCCACUGCCUCGCUCAGGACUUUGCUCUGUGUUUUUGGAAGAUUAAAAAGUGUGUGGGUCAGUGUGAGAGUCACUCAUCCCUACUGCAAGAAUCCUGUUCCUUGAACAAAAACAUGUUCAGUGUUGUAGGCAGCAACCUUCUCCAGCACAGCACAUUGGAAAUGGCCAUACAUGAGUGAGGCCUGAAGCUCCUGCCUGAAUUUACUGCUGGCCCAUGGCAGCAGUCUUUGUGAAUUUUUAGCACGUUACUGACAGAAUUAAUAAUUUACUCCCAGCGAGCCAGAUCUUGAUUGAGCAGCCUUCAGUCUCCCUAAGCUGAUUUAAACAAGCCUGGAUUCUGUAUUUAAAUCAGAUAGCCUAAGAAUAAAAUUUAUGUUGCAAUACAAUUUAACUUUAAAUAUGUAGAUUCUCAUUUCAGCUGAUGUAACACAAAACAGGGUUAUUACCCCCCUUUUUUUUUCAAGAACUUAUAUAAAUCUGGCCAGUGAUUUUAUGAUAUCUGGCUAAGGUUAAAGUUUUCUUUUAUAGACUAAACUUGCAUGUUUGAACUGCCUUUGAAAAUAAAACGGUGCAUUCCAGUCUCAUCUCUCCCCAUGAAUAUUUCAAAGGAAUGUGUCAAAGUAUUUUAUAUGUCUGUUUGUAUACCUGUUCACAUACAUAUGUGUGUGUCUGCAUGGAAAAAUAUUCUUAUAUGCAUACAUGUAAACAUUAUAUUAAAAAGUAGGCAAUUUUAAAACAUUUUCAAAAGCUAUUUACAGCUGCAUAUGCAUUUUUAACCAUGUAAAACAUUUAUACUUUGAUUUUUUACAUUUAGCAUGUAAAACUUUUACAUUUUGAUGUUUUAAUGGUAUCUUAGAGACAAAAGUUUCCAUAACAUAUUUUCUUCCUAAGCCUUCUCCUUAUGCAGCAAAACCGUAGGUUCUAAAUCAGGUGUCAGAUUCUUGUACUUAUUAGACUAGAAACAGUGAAAAUUUUGACAGAUCAAAGCCUCACUUAAGCAAAUUGCAUUUGAAAUGUCUGUUCAGUCCAAAAAC